AUUAAAGUUUAAGCUCCUUUAGAUUCAGGAUUAGUUUUUUUACCCUUCUGUCUCUCUCUCUUUCUCUCUCUCUCUCUCUCUCGCUCUCUCUCGAAUGUGUUUUGCAUUUCUAAAUGAUUGUGACUACUACAAAAGAACAGACUACGUGUAAAACGAAGUUGCUUCAUGAUCAAUGUUCCUCUCCUCGAGACACUGCCAAACAGUGUGCGAUUACCAUGCUGAUGCUUUACUUGUUUAAGUUGCAGCUUGAUGAUCGCAGGCAAUGCCCUCGACUCGAUGCAAAAUAUCCUCUCACCGUUUAUCCGUUUACCAUUUGUCGUGUCUGUUUGGACUACCUGACUACGUUAUGCUCUCUCGCUCUUAAGUCCGUCUGUCUCUCUCGCGAAUGCACACUUAAAAAAAAAAACGCCCAAGUCAUAUAAAGGCGGGAGGAUCCGGACCGAGCCGUGUACUCAUGGAAGGCAGUUUCUAUCCUUAUAGGUGCGUCCGUGUGUACGUCCCGCCAGCGUGAUGGACUCAAAGCGGUACGAACGCAGCGCCAGAUUGAAUAGCGAAUCGCCACCCGCUCCGCCCUCGCCUCCCAUGUAUAGCACAGGUUACACCACGACACACGACAGCCACAAGAGCAGAGUCGGAGGCGCGCGGCGCUCGCCCUCGCCCGCCGUGGACCACCAUCGAAGCAGUAGAUUCUCGCGGAACGACUCGCCGCCCCAGGAGCGACGCAAGCGCCGUCGCAGCGGCUCCAGAUCGUCCCCCCCGGUGCGCUCCCACAGACGGUCCAGGUCCAACGACAGGGAUCGCGAUCGCGACAGAGAGAGAUCGCGCAAGUAUUCCAGAAGGGACAGAUCGCGAUCGAGAUCGCGCGGGAGGUCCCGCUCGAGGGACAAGCGACGGAGUCGCAGUCGGAAUCGCAGCAGAGACAGAGACCGGCACAGGUAUAGGGAGAGCCGCAGGCACCACGCCAGGGCGACCUCCUACGAGUCCGACGCUUUGGAGGAGCACGGAGACGGGGCGGGGACGGUGAUGCGCCAGGCGGCCGCGGUUGCCCCGCAACCGAACGCCUUCAAGAACGAUGGUAGUUUUAUGGAGAUGUUCAAGAAGAUGCAGGAGCAGAUGCAACCUACCGCACAAAAACCCACCACCUCUGUGCUCGAGGAGAAGCCCGUGGUGCCGCCACCGUUGAUGGUGGGCAAGAGGAGGGGCGGCAGGAUCCUGAAGACUGGUAUGGUGGCGAAACCAAAGACAGAACAGACAGUGGAACAGCCGAAGGACGCGUGGUCCCUGUACAUGGCAGAGGUGAAGAAGUAUCGGGAGGUUUGCUGCCAGGAAGAGGAUAACACGCGGCCGUUGGUCAAAUAGCUUCGGCAAUUUUCGUCGUCCCGUCUUUACAUACUUUGGCCCAUUACUUUUCUUUUAAGAUACCUAGUAGUUGAUCGUUAAUCCUUAAAAAAAAAAAAGUACCAGAUACUGGAACAAAUGCUUUUUCAAAGGCACCUUUCGCUCAUUUUGUCCCGCCGUAAAAUUUUAUGUUUAAGCUCAACAGUAUAAGGAUUUCUUUGUUAACGAUCUGAACGAAAGAGAACAGAAAAA